AUUGUAAUUGCCUGAUUUAAUUAGGUCCUUUCUUUUAUCGUAUGAAUGAAGUCUGAUCAUUAUACUGUGUUUACUUCCUGGUUUUCCUAACAAACGUGUUUCUUUGAUUUCAUUGUUUUGCACGAUGACUUGUACGUGGUUCUGUAUUAUCCUGAUAGCAGUUUCUUUGCACUGUGCUUGUGUUAUGUCACUAGGAAUGUGUGGACUGUUUAUUAUUACUGCAUCAGACAACUUAUCUUGUUCAGUUUUGUCGUCUUGGAAAUCAAGGUAUUCAUUUAGUCGAGUGUGCAUGUUCAGAUUCCAGUCCUUGAUUGCUUCUUCAACCUUCAUAUUUAUUGUUGUUAUUUGCAUAUAUUGCAUAUACAGUAUUGUCUUGUCUUUACAGCCUGGUUUGAGAUAGAUGAUGAUCACAACACCAAGGUCUAUGUUAGCAACCUUCCUGACUCAAUGACAGAGAAUGAAUUUAUUGAGCUGAUGCAGAAAUGUGGAAUGAUCCUUAAAGAUGUUGACAGCAACAAGCCCAAAAUUAAGAUGUAUCGAGAUAAAGAUGGAAACUUCAAAGGCGAUGCACUCUGUACCUACAUAAAGGUGGAGUCUGUGCAGUUAGCCAUACAGAUCCUUGAUGAGUACCAGGUGGGUAAUAAGAAGAUCCACGUUGAACAAGCCAAGUUCCAACAAAAGGGAGAGUACAAUCCAAAGCUGAAACCGCGCAAGAAGCAAAAGAAAGUCUUAGAAAAAAUCCAGAAACGACAGGAAAAGUUAUUUGACUGGCGACCUGAGCCUCUGCGAGGCCAACGGCAAAAGAAUGAAAAUACAGUAGUGAUUCGCAAUGCAUUUGACCCAAAAGAGUUUGUGGAUGCUAUGGAGAAAAUAUUGGUUCAUAAAGAUGCCCUAAGAAAUCAGUGUGAGAAUUUUGGCAAAAUAAAGAAAAUGGAAAUGCAUGAUGGUCGAGAGGCCCUCUCCUAA